UGCUUUGCAUAGUGGGAAUACUUCCUGUUUGCUUCAGAACAGGUCUGUGCUGUGGGUGGCAGAGAAGCAGGUCUAAGAAAAGUGUUCACUUCAGCAGAGGCGUCACACUGUUAGGCUAAAUGGACUCUUUGAAAGGGGGCUGCCCUCACCAGAGUGUUCCUGUAGAGAUGGACGAGAGCAUGACACCCUCCAGUCUGGAGUUGGCCUGCCCCCCCCCCUGCAGACAGUGCAGUGGACAUACAGUGAUCACAAGGUCUCAGAUACAAGCCAGCCAUGAGCAGGCGGGGGGGGGCGGCACACACUGAGGGCCCAUGGAGACUCCCUGAGAAACAGCUGCGGCUUCAACCCAGAGCAGAGCCCCCCCUUCAUCUAAUGCCUCCCCACCAUGCAGAUGUUAGGCUGCAUGGCCUCAGAGAGCAGUCUCCACUGUAUGGGCGGGACUUGCUGGUUAACCACGCCAGAGGCUUUGUGGGUAAUUCAGACUGGCCCCAGCAUUACUCUGUGGAGGAGGAUGAACGCUUGGACCCCCCCCUCACACUCAGGUCUGGAGAUAACUUCACCGACUACGUCCCUCCACCACACCCUGCCUGUAUGCCUGGCCAAAAUCAAUGUCUGUGGCGUCAUGGCAGACAGCGUGCAUGCUGCCCUCCAGCACAACUGCACCAUCACACUCACAAUAAUCAUCUUUAUAAGUAUGAUUACCCAGCAGAUCCAUGCGGGGAGCAUCAACACCCCCAACAGUCAAGGAAUUCCCCCCAUAAUAGACUACAACUUAAAGAUGAUCCAAACACCCCCCAUGGAUCUGUGGCUCAGCGGGCAGCCCCUGCCUGGGAUGUGAUGCGUGAGGUCAGUGUGCAUCGCUCCCUCCAGCCUGAUCCAGGGCCAGCCACCCAGGAGAUGAGGAGGACCAUCAGCCUGCCUGAGGAGUGCAGGAAUGUUUUCAUCACAUAUUCAGUGGACACCGCCAGAGAAAUCAUACCUUUCACCACAUUUCUGACAGAUCAAGGGUUCAAACCAGCAAUUGAUAUAUUUGACAAUCCAAUCCGAAGAAUGGACAUCACCAAAUGGAUGGACAGAUUUUUGAAUGACAAAUCAGUACUCAUCAUCGUGGUCAUCAGUCCCAAGUAUAAGGAGGACGUGGAGGGAGAUGGGGACGACGAGCACGGCCUGCACACCAAGUACAUCCACAACCAGAUCCAGAAUGAGUUCAUCCAACAAGGCUGCCUGAACUUCAGACUGGUCCCUGUUUUGUUCCCUAAUGCAACAAAG